AUGGGUGCUGUUUCUCCUUGGCCAUCUUUUCUGUUUUUUAAGAGGGAAAAGUGGGAAGGGGAAGUGAAGCAAAUUGUUAGCGUCUUCUGCUCCUUUUAUCUUGUUAAGAACUCUUUUGGUGCUAAAGGGAUGAAGCCUGUAGUUCUGAGGCUUCAGGAGUUGCGGCCCAGAAGCAAGUUGCAGCGGUUAGUCUUAAUCCUGUUUGGUGCUUCUGCUCUUUGUUUUUACUGGGCUUAG